AUGACCUCCUCGAGAUCAUUCUUCCUGUUGGCGCUGGCCGCCUUGGGGAGUGUCGACGCCAGACUCGACCUGGCAUCGCAAGAUAAUGUUGCUACAUACUGGGGACAAGCGCCAACCCAGCAAGGGCUUGCUUAUUACUGCAAGAGUGAACAGGUCGAUAUGAUUCCACUGGCAUUUCUCAACUACAUCAACAACUCACCCAACAUCCACUUCACCAAUGUCGAAAACCGCUGCUCCAAGUUUGCAGGUACCACGAUCUUUAACUGUCCAGAAAUUGAGAGCGACAUCAAAACAUGCCAGUCGCUCAACAAAACCAUCACCCUCUCCAUCGGCGGCGCAACCUACUCAGAAGGCGGUUUCGCCACCGCCGACAUGGCCAGCGCGGCCGCGGACAGGAUCUGGGCCAUGUUCGGGCCGGCGGGCGACAGCAACAGCGCUGGCGUGUACCGGCCGUUCGGGACGGCGUCGGUCGACGGGUUCGAUCUCGAUUUCGAAACGACGCAAACCACCAACCUCGUCCCGUUCGCGCGGCGACUGCGCAAGCUCAUAGACGACGCCAACUCGAGCGGCAAGAGCUCCAAGAGGUUCAUGCUGACGGCGGCGCCGCAGUGCGUGUACCCGGACCUGCCGAUGGACGCGGUGCUGUCGAGCGACGUGGCGUUGGACGCGGUCAUGGUGCAGUUCUACAACAACCGGUGCGGGGCCGAGUCGUUCGUGCCGGGCAGCGCCGCGCAGUCCAGCUUCAACCUCGCCACCUGGGACGAGUGGGCGCGGGCCAACGGCCGCAAGACCAAGGUCUUUGUCGGCGUGCCGGGCGCCCCGACCGCCGCCGGCACCGGCUACGUCAACGCCACCGACCUCAAGGCCAUCGUCGACUACGGCAAAAAGUACAGCACCUUUGCCGGCGUCAUGAUCUGGGACGUCGCCCAGGUCUGGGCCAACGCCGGCUUCCUCGACGUCGUGGCCAAGAGCCUGGACCGCGGCGCCAAGAAGGACCCUGCCGCCCCCGCCUCCGGUUCUGCGUCCUCGGGGUCCGCGUCGUCGUCGUCGGGUUCCAAUAACGCCGAAGGGACAACGCCCGCGCAGGACGUGCCCCAGGCGCCGCGGAAGAACGCCGCCGACAGGACCGUGGGUGUCGCUUUUGCCGCGAGCUGGGGUCGCCAUGUCGGCGGGACGGGAUUGUGGCUUCCGUCUGUGGUUUUUGCCGUCGCCGCUGCUUGCCUGGCGUCAUGA